UUGUUAAUGAUACUCGCGUUAGUUGGGGACUCACGGUACACUAAAGUCGGAAGAACGACUUCUAAACCAGGACAUUCGACCUUUCAAUGAGCACAUGACGGUAGCAACAGCGCUGAUGGUGGCAGAGUUUGGGUUGACAGGGGGCCAUGGAAUACUGUAACGAUAGCUAAGCUCAAGUACUACCAUUGCAGAAAUAGUCGUUUUUUGUAAGGAAACUGUUGUUGUCCAACAGAUUACUUACAUUUAACACAGCAAGUGAAAACCUGCCGUUGUCUGCAGUCAUGUCGGAGGACCCGAGCCCCCAAAGUUGGUCUAUCGACAGGGAUGAUUAUGUGCUUAAUGAGGUUAUCGGGAGUGGAGCCACGGCUGUGGUCCAGGCAGCAUACUGUACGCCACGGAAGGAGAAGGUGGCGAUCAAACGCAUUAACCUGGAAAAAUGCCAGACCAGCAUGGACGAGCUCUUGAAGGAGAUCCAGGCUAUGAGCCAGUGCCACCACCCCAACAUCGUGUCCUACUACACUUCCUUUGUGGUGAGGGAUGAGCUGUGGCUGGUGAUGAAGCUGCUCAGUGGGGGCUCCGUUCUGGACUUCAUCAAGUACAUCAUAUCACGGGGGGAGCACAGGUCGGGCGUGAUGGACGAGCCCAGCAUCGCCACCAUCCUCAAAGAGGUCCUGGAGGGACUGGACUAUCUGCACAGGAACGGGCAGAUUCACAGGGAUGUGAAAGCUGGAAAUAUCCUUCUUGGGGAAGAUGGGUCAGUGCAAAUUGCAGACUUUGGAGUGAGUGCCUUUCUAGCAACGGGUGGUGACAUGACUCGGAACAAAGUACGGAAGACGUUUGUCGGAACCCCGUGCUGGAUGGCGCCUGAGGUGAUGGAGCAGGUGAGGGGAUAUGACUUCAAGGCUGACAUCUGGAGCUUUGGAAUCACGGCUAUCGAGCUAGCGACCGGAGCGGCACCAUAUCAUAAGUACCCUCCUAUGAAGGUGCUCAUGCUUACGCUCCAGAACGACCCGCCGUGCUUGGAGACGGGCGUCACGGACAAGGAGAUAGUGAAGAAGUACGGCAAGUCCUUCCGCAAGAUGAUCUCGCUGUGCCUACAGAAGGAUCCAGAGAAAAGGCCAACUGCUGCUGAGCUCUUGAAGCACAAAUUCUUCACAAAAGCAAAGAAUCAUGAAUAUUUACAAGAGAAGCUUCUACAGCGGGCUCCAACAAUAGCAGACAGAUCCAAGAAGGUGCGGAGAGUUCCGGGCUCCAGCGGCAGGCUCCAUAAGACUGAAGAUGGGGAGUGGGAGUGGAGUGACGAUGAGCUGGAUAUGGAGAGUGAAGAGGGCAAGGCGGCCUUUGCUGCUCUGCGGUCACCCAGAGUGAAGGAAGACCCUCCGAGCACAGAGAUCUUCACUGGGGAUCCGGCUGCCCUGCUCCAGUCCGGUGGCUCUGCACAGGCCGACGUGCCCCAGAGCCAGCCAGCGGGAGAGCCCCCUAUCGCCACAAUAACAGCCCUACAGCCCCAGGCCCCAGGUGCAGCCGCUGGUCCUGAUGCUGUGCAGCAGCCCAUUAGUCUGGUGCUGAGGUUGAGAAAUCUGAAUAAGGAGCUCAAUGACAUCCGCUUUGAAUACAUGCCAGGAAGAGACACAGCAGAUGGGGUUUCUCAGGAGCUGGUCACUGCUGGCCUGGUGGAUGGCAAAGAUUUGGUCAUAGUUGCUGCAAAUUUACAGAAGAUUGUUGAUGACCCUCAAAACAAUAAAAAUAUCACUUUCAAGCUGGCGUCUGGCGUUGAAGGCUCUGAAUAUCCAGAUGACGUGAAACUCAUGGGAUUUGCCCAGCUGAGUAUUAGUUAAGAAUAACCACACUGGCAGCCUGGCCACACAGAGCUGCACAGGGGUGCAUAGUAUUUUACAUACAUUGGCCUAAAGAGAACCACUACUGCCAAAGAGGAGAAAGUGACCCGUCAGCACAUAGGAUUCAGAGCCCCUGUCAAGCUUGAGGACUGCAGUGGAGUGCAGAACUUCAUAGGAAGUGCACUUGAAUUGUUUACAGUGUUGGUGUAUAUGCAGAAGGGUGUGACUGUCCAUUCACUCCACAAUUCGAUAUGUUCUGUUUCCAGUUUUUUUCUUGUUUUCAAAAAAAGGAAGAAAAAAAAAAAAAGCUGAAGAGUGGCACAUGCACACAAACAAAAAAACACUUGCACAAUCUCAAAACCUAUUCCCUGUAAUGUUUCAUGUUAAAGAAUGCCUUAUUUUAAACAGUACUACUGAUUCAGAUGUCAGGGCGUUUGUUGUCAUGUAGAGUGGUGUGUGUGUAGUUUCAUUCAUUGAUGUUAGUGGUGAAUUGUUUGCAAAUGGCUCUCCUUGUCCCUUGUUGCCUACAUCCUCACGUGAGCAGAGAGAGGACACCUGUGGUGAGUCCUUUUGGGAGAAGUGUGGUGAUAAUCUUAUACUGUGAGCACUUUGACACAUUCAUUUGCAACACACCUUGAAGAAGGUUUUUUUUUUUCUUAUUAAUAUUCAUUGAUGUCAUCACUUGUAGAGCCCAGUGUACAGAACCCCUUCUCGUCUACAUGCUCACAUAUAGACACACACACAUACUCACAUCACACGCAUACUCACAUGCAAUACACUAUUUUUUAUUUUUUUUUUAGGUUUGACAAUAUGGGCAUGUUCCAAUAGCAGACCAAUUGCAUGAAUGGCUUUUGAACGGAUUUAGGGGAUUAAUAGAUGUUGACUCGCACCUCUUGGCAGCACACUCACAGAAAUCCAGGAAGCCCUCAUUACAGUGAUGAGCAGGUGAUUAUACUGUACAAAAACGGGAAAUUUAGUGCAAUUAUUCAAAUUAUUGUAACUGCAUCUACAUUUCAGACCCUAAGUGUUGGGUUUUUAAAUAUUUAACUUGACAUUUUAUCUUUUAUAACUCCAACAUUUGAAAAACUAAUUUUAGUUAUGUUGACAUGGAUUUUUUUCUGCUAAAUCUGAACUUGAUGGCAGCUCACCUGACCUGUUCUCCCUGAGCAUCCAGUUGUAGCUGGUCUUUGGUCAGUCUUUUCUUUUGCCUGUGAGAUGUUGCCUCUCAAGCACUGGGCCACAUGCAACAAGAGCCUAACUGAUAAGAGGAGAUGCACAGGGCUGUUUCCUGAACGUGUUGUGUUGCCUCCAUGGUGAUCUGUAAACAAGGUUUUAAGAAGGAUAGCCAUUCUAUGAUGUCCAUUGGACCUCAAUGGUUUGGAAAUAGGCAACCCAAUUUGUAGGUGUUGUGUGUGUGUGUGUGUGUUUGAAGAGGAAGUUAGCAUUGUAAGGAACAUCUGUCAGGGACAUUUUGCGGUCUCCCCCCCCACCCCCCAUCAACUCUUGUGCUGACUCUUCAACCCAGGCUAGGGCCUUUGUGAUUGCUUCCCAUAGUCUCUUGAUCUGACAGUGUUAUGUUCAUGUCUGUGUUGGUGUUUGUGCUACUUGCAUAACAUUCACAAGAUGGGCCAGAGCGGUCACUAGUCAAUUGACCAGCGCUGAACUUGUGGCAGUACACUCCAAGUUAAUGCUGAAGUCCACUUGAACUCCAGUGCUACCUUGUGUAUAUCAGGCCAUUUUAAAAUGGUUUUAAGUUGAAACAUGUAGUUACUGAAGCAAGACACAUUGUCACACUCAUUUGUGGGUUUUGUCUGUGAAAAUGACUCUUGGAAUUAUUGAAAUAAAUAUAUAGUAGACAACAUUAGCCUAUGAAUGUGGCAAGGAGCUGCUGAGUACUUGAUUGAUAACUAUGCUAGUAUGUAAAUAAUGACAUUUGGUGUUGAUUUUGUUUUGUGUUUUUAUAUAUAAAUAUUGAAAUGUAUUGAGUGUUUCACAGUGGGCCUUUGUUCUCAGUAGCAAUGGGUGUGAAUGGAAAAAAGAAAGUGUCAUGUGUUUUGUUUUUUUGCUUGUCCUUUUGGGUUUAAUACAGUACAUAAUCCGGGUCCACAACUAUGUAUUUUACAUCUAGAUAAAGAAAAGAUUGAUUGAGGAAGGCCAAGACCUUAUUUGUAGCACCAUGAAUUUAAAUGACCAGUUGUAGUUGGAAUUAGCUUUUUGCGCCUUAGCACUUGUAGAGAGGAUCUAAUUAAUGCCACCUUAUAAUUUAGUUUAGAUUUGGUAAAAACAGUCCCCAAGAAAGAGUGAAUUGCAAACUUGUUAUCCAAAUGGUGACCUGACUAUUUUUUUUUUGGGAGCAUCACAAAUAUUGGUCUUGUUUAAGUGUAGGAGACCUAUUCCUAGUUUUUUUUGAGAAAUUGCCAUCAUUUUUAUAGGAAAAUACUUGUUGAAAUUGUAUUGCCAAAUCAAGUUAGUUUCCACUAUAUAUCACACAAACCCCCAGAUUAUUCCAUUUGGAUGUCCAGUGACCACAAGUAAUGAUAGAAGAUGUGUAUGUUCAGAACAUGCACCUCAAAAACACCUUCCAUAACUACCGGUAUGUGUUAAAAUAUUCCUCAGCACUAGUCCAGGAAGUGUCUAGCUAUGAUAAGUGAUGGUGCUGUCCUUGAGCCGUGACGACGUCUUGGUCUUUCCAGCACAGUCGGCUUGGCAAACGGCUUGGAGUUAUGUGUUUGACUUUCAGGGAGUGACGACACCGUUAUGUCAGAUCAAAUUUGAUCCAGGGAACACCAUGAUGGUCAAGUUUAUAAAGUUAGUGCACCGGCCCUAAAGAUUCAUGGGUGUUUCACCAAUGUCCGUGAGUAGAAAAAGCAUAUGUUAAGGGGGUGUAGUAGUUAUUUUGUUUCCAUUUGUCCUAGCUGGGUAAUGGAGGCCAAAUUGAAAAGGGUUACAUGGAGGCAGCAAGCCUAACUUGCAUUCUCCCAGAAUGACAAAGUGAGCUAUUUCAGAAUUCUUAGCCAUGUAAAGAAUGAUUUAGCCGGUGUAAAAAUGACCACUCUUUGUGUUCUGGACCAACUGGACUCUUGGUUGUUCUUCAGAGCUGUCGACAAAAAGUCAAAUAGUCUAAACCCAAAUGUGUCAAGGACAAUGGUAAAACACUGUAAUAUGCAUUUUGUUUCACUUAAAUUUGUGGUCCUCCUUUUGGUUGGUGGUUUUUAAUGCAUGUUCAUUUAAUUAUUUUUAAUAAUAUUCAAUAAAGAAUGAACUUUCAAA